AUGCCCCUGGGUGAUGAGGUCUCCCCCAAUCAAAGUGUAGCCAAGAACAGCCAAUGGCUAGAAACCGAGUUUGAUACGGACGACACAGCACAAGGCUCCGACCAGGCUCGACACCACACAGUGUUCCAGUCUGAGAGCUUCUUCGACAUCCCACAGCGACCACUCUUGAAGCUCAACCCCUUCAAGGCCACUUUUAAUCUGGUGCUGGCAUUCGGACUAAUUGGCGCAUUGAUUGCCGGCUACGCAAUCGGUCUUCAGGUCUUCGAUCUUGGGAUCACUUCUAUCGGCCUUUACGGAACGGUUCUUCUUUCCGAAUACUUCGUUCAAGUCGUCUGCGCAGUCUCCAAUCGCUUCGAUGUCAACCGGAUUGCUACUCGACUGAGGGAAAGGGAUCGCAGCGAGGUAUCUAUAGCUGUGGUCGGCUACCGCGAAGACGAGCGAGCCUGGCGGCACUGCCUGCGAAGUUUGCAGAUGCAAACCCUUGCGCCCAAAUGCAUCAUCGGAGUCGUAGACGGCAACGAUGAGCCUGAUCUGGCCAUGGCGGAGGCCUUCGUCAACUUGCAUCGCGAUGUCUAUUUCGACAACGUACCUCAUGACACUCGAUCGCGGGUGGUCAAGUUCUGGCAUUAUCUCGCCGGCAAAGGUCGACCGGGCCAUGCGCGAGCACUCUCUCUUGCCAGACAGGCCGUGGUCGAUCAAGUGGUCGAAUGGAAUUGCAGAUGGGGCAUUGAAAAGCUCGAUGCUGUUUGUUUCAGCCAACCACAUGGACACAAACGCACGGCGAUGUUCACGGCUUUUGCGAUGAGCAUGUACGCUGUACGUACACGAGACGCCGUUUUCACGACCGACUCGGAUACUUUGGUGCAGGACAACGCUCUCGAUGAAAUGCUAGCACUCUUGCGCUCUGCUCCAGACAUCGGCGGCGUGACGGCAGAUGUCAAGAUCUGGAAUCGCGCCGAAGGCCUUCUCACAAGACUUUGCGCUGCGCGAUAUUGGUUUGCUUUCAACAUUGAGCGAGCUUGUCAAUCAACAUGGCGAUGCGUCGGUUGCCUGUCUGGCCCAAUGAGCAUGUACCGCACCUUCGAUCUCGAGACCAUUCUGGGACCUUGGAAUCUUCAGACGUUUGGUAACAAGCGAACAACGUUUGGAGAUGAUCGUCACUUGACAAAUCAGCUACUGGCUCACGGCCUCAAGACGCGCUACACUCACCGCACGUGGUGCGACACCGAAUCCCCUACAACCUUCGUGCGCUGGGUUGCCCAGCAGACGAGGUGGAGCAAGUCAUUCUUCCGAGAAGCCUUCUGGUUCCCAGCGAGUUUCGCAUAUCAAAGUGCAUGGAUGCUUGUCGAGAUGACCAUACAAGCACUCUAUCCUUUCAUCCUAGUCGCGACAGCUUUCCACCUCAUCUUCGAUGCAUCGGAUGAAAAUAAGUGGCGAGCCUUGAUAUGGCUUGCUACCAUGUUCGGCAUUGCUCUCCUCAAAUCUCUCGUGGCAUUAUUCAUCUGCUGGGAUCCCUGGCUGCUACUGUUCGCGUGCUACGGCUUCAUCUACUUCUUUGGCCUCCUGCCCUCGAAGCUCUGGGCAUUAUUAACCAUGAACAAGACCGGAUGGGGCACUUCCGCGCGGUCUUCCGCUGAAAGGAAGCGAGGACAAUCCUUCCUCCAGCGCUCAUUCCACGUUGGCCAUCUCGUCGUCUGGUAUUUGGCUAUCUUUGUCGGAAUAGGUUUCUUCAUGUACAAGAUCUUGGGCAACGCACUCUUCUUCUUGAUCGGCGUCACAGCGGUCCUGGCAAGCAUCUCCCUGUACUGGAAUCCCAAUUGGAUAGCGACACUCAAGAUAAUUCGGUGGAGCAGGACAAGAAAAGUAAAAAGUGCUGACGUCGAAACCAUGGACGAGCGAAAACUUCCAGAGAAGCCAUUGCCUGCGCAUACGUCCACCAAAGUGAGUUCUGAGAGUGUCGAUUCCGAGAUGACGCCGGCAGUAUCGAUGAUGGAUUCUAGAGAGAGCAUUGAAGUGCUGCCAAGAGUCUUCAUAUUACCUUGA